AGAGAAUCUCUAAAUGCCUUGGGAUGAUGUUGAUCCUUAUCCUCCUACUAGCCAUUGUGUCGAUGUUUGAAGUGUUGCUCAUUGUGGACAACGUAAGUCGUUGAUCAACAUCACCCAGUCAAUCCGUUAUACUGCUAGAAAUUAAACUUGGAUAACAAGCCAUCAUGCCGGAGAUUCCCGUCGUUGACCUGUCCAACAUGGGCUUACAUCAAGGCCGCAUCACGAAAGAAUUAGACGAAGCAUUCUCCACCGUUGGUUUCGUCUAUUUGAAAAAUCACGGAAUAGAUCAAAAGAAGGUGGACAAUGUGUUUGAAGCUUCUAGAACAUUCUUUCAGCUGCCGGAAGAUAUCAAAAAAGGUUAUCCACGAGAUAAUGAGCAUUUCGACGGCUACACGGGGAGAGAUCAGGAGAUCUUGGAAGACAGCAGCGUGCACGAAGUCCGCGAAGCUUAUGACGUCACAUCUCCGACUGGAUUCUAUCCCGACGACAGCGUUCCUCAAUUCCGCCCAGCUAUUUGCGAGUUGGCCCAGUCACUUUGCCAGUUGACCGUCGACUUGUUGAAAUGCAUGGCACUUGCUCUAGGAUUGGACGAAGAUUAUCUGAGCAGUCGACAUCAGCACAUAUUCCAUGGCGUAGACAAAAAUGGGACGAUUUUGCGUUCACUUUAUUAUCCCUCACUAAGUGGAGACGACAUUCAACCGGGUGUCGUCAGAUGUGGAGAGCACUCUGAUUACGGCACUGUCACUUUAUUGCUCCAAGAUGAUAUGGGAGGGUUAGAAGUGCUGUCGGGAUCAGAAUGGAUAGCAGCCGAUCCCAUUCCUGGAGCUGUGUUGGUAAAUCUAGGAGAUUUGAUGCAAUUUUGGACUUCCGAUCGAUAUCAUGCUACUGUUCAUCGAGUACGAGUGCCUGAAAUCGAGAUACGUCGACGUUCACCUCGUCAGUCAAUCGCAUUUUUCGUUCAGCCCGAUAAUGGCGUUAUGAUCUCUGCGCUGGACGGGUCGCAGAAACAUCCACCCGUCGAAUCUUUGGCGUAUUUGAAACUCCGCUUAUCUGAGACGUACAAGUAUUGAAAUUUAACAAGGAAGGAAAAGUAGAUUACCGCUAUCGCUUUUUAGUAUCUAAAUGGCUAUGUAGCCAGACUAACCUCUGUGUUUUGUGUGUGGCAACGGCCACAAGUAUCGGGACCAUUCAGCUCCAGUUUUCACUACAACGUUCCGCACAUGUGUUCCUAAUUCUUGUUACUUAUGGCAUUGCAAUGAAUUCAUGCGUACCUUU